UCCUGCCCCUUAAUGAAGAAGCCACAGAAAGAGAGAGGGGGCAGCUGGUUUCUCUCUCCCUUGUACUAUUCCCUGCCAGGUUUCCUGCCCUACUCUCUGGGCUCCUUCGCCGUGCCCCUAACCAGGACCUACCCCUUCAUCCAGGCGCAGGCGAUCCUCCCUCAGCCGCCAUGGCCAGCGGCGGAGACUCGGACAGCGAGCAGGUGGUGCCCGAUGAGGAGGAGGAGGGCCCAGACGUGAAGGCGGUGCAGGCCCACUAUCUCCGCAGCCCCUCGCCCAGCCGGUAUUCGAUAAUAUCGGACACUGAUACAGAGAGCAUCUUCAUGGAUCCUAUCCAUCUGUCAUCUGCUGUGGCUGCCAAACAAAUAAUCAAUGAAGAACUAAAGACAAAGGACAUCAAGGUAGAUGCAGUGUGUCCCAGGAUGUUAGAGUCUGCACAGCAGUUGAUGGUGGAAGACCUGUACAACCGAGUUAAGGAAAAGAUUGAUGACACCAGCUUGUUUAACACACCGUGUGUGAUGGACUUGCAGAGGGCACUUGUGAAGGACAGGCUGGAGACCCCCAGAGAUGCUGUGGAUGAAGUCUGGCCUAAUGUCUUCAUAGCAGAAAAAAGUGUCGCAGUGAACAAAAGCCGUCUGAAAAGACUGGGGAUCACACAUGUCUUGAAUGCAGCUCAUGGUACAGGUGUAUACACAGGACCAGGCUUCUACAAUGGUCUGAAUAUCCAAUACAUGGGCAUCGAAGUGGAUGAUUUUCCAGAUAUGGAUAUCUCCAAACACUUCCGUCCAGCUGCAGAGUUCCUGGAUGAAGCACUGCUGACUUACAGGGGAAAAAUCCUUGUCACCAGUGAAAUGGGAAUCAGUCGCUCAGCUGUGCUGGUGGCUGCUUACCUGAUGAUCUACCACCAUAUGACCAUUCUGGAAGCUCUGAUGACUCUGAGAAAGAAGCGUGCCAUUUACCCCAACGAUGGCUUUCUCAAACAGCUAAGGGAGCUCAACGAGCAGUUGUUGGAGGAACGAGAGUUGGAUCAUACUGGAGAUGAAGAUGUCACUCCUAGUCAAAGUCCUGUUGCCCACGCAGGGAUGUCUUCCCGGCUGUCUGGAGUUGGGGACUCAGAAAGCGUCAUGGGAGCCAAAGCCCAUUCCAUCACGGUAGAAGAGGAGGACACCAGCAGCAUGCUAGGUAGUCUUAGGAGCUCUUCAUCAGUGGGAAAAACCAGCUGGGCUUCAAAACACUCCACCUUCAUCAGUGAGGAGGAAGAGGAACAGUUGUAUGAGGAAUGGAGGAAGAAAGAAGGUCUGUCUGUAAAGGAGUCAACAAUUAACCAUGGAAGAAGAACAUCUCCAACGCUUCUGGCUCAGGAAGGGGAACAAUCUGAGGAGGAUGUAGAACAGAGAAUCCACGACUGGCAGCGCAGAAAUGAGAAAUACCAAAUGGGGGGUCCACCCAGGGAGGAGGAUGGAGAUUCCAGAAUGGGAGGAAGACCUUCCCCAUCAGCUGACUUUAAUGAUGUUGAGAGUGUGAGCAGUUUUGAGAUCCGAACCCUAAAACAACAGCUAGAAGCCAGUAGCUUUAGCAGGAUGAGGAGGAGCUGCACAGACUCUGUGUCUUCUGAGAGCACCUGGGACAUGUGGAACCAGAGGCUCCUGGAGAUUGAGAAGGAAGCUGCUCAAAGGUAUCAUUCUAAGAAUAAAAAUACUGGGGAGAGGCGAUCCUCAGAAACAGGAAGAGAGGAGAGGGAUGUGGAUGAGGAAAGUGUGUUUUCAGACAGUAGUUCCUUUUAUAAUUUCUGCCAAAAGAACAAAGACAAGUUGACUCCUCUAGAAAGGUGGAAAGUCAAGAGGAUCCAGUUUGGCUUUCACAAGAAGGAUUUAGAAUCAUCCUCAUCUUCUGCACCAUCUCCAGCUGAAGAUGGCAGACAGGCAGAUGGAGAGGAGACUGAAGGAAAGAGUUUGUCAGAUAUUAACCUGAGUGCUUACCAAGCUUGGAAAAUGAAGCGGCAGAAGAAGGUGGGCAGUGAAAGCAAGGAGGAAUUUGUGGAGUUUGCCAAAAGUGAAGAUUCUGCUUCAGCUAAAAAGAAGCAGAGGCGUAUAGAGCUACUUGAACGUUCAAAGAAAAUCUUAGAAGAAAGCCAGUCCAUGUGCAGCUGGGAGACAGACAGUACAAUCAGUGGGAAUAUCCCACUGUCAGCUUUCUGGAGCUCAGCACCUUCUGCAAAUGGUGCUGAGGAUGCAGCUUCUACACUGAGCAUGCAGACAAAUCAUUCAUCUUUAUCCCAGACCAGGAGCAGCACCGGGGCAAUGCAGCCGAGUACAAUCCUUCCCAAUCUCCAGGUUGGCCCAGGUGACACAAUAUCCAUGGCAAGCAUUCAGAACUGGAUUGCUAAUGUGGUCAAUGAAACCAUUGCUCAAAAGCAAAAUGAGAUAAUGAUGCUGUCCCGUCCGUCGUCUGCAAUGGCCUCCAGCAUAAUGUCAGGAGACCUUGGCAGGCGUACAGAUGAUGAUAAGGUUUCCCUUCUCAGUGCUCAGAGUGGCUCAUCUCUUGCUGCCUCUCAGCUCCGCCAGCAGGACAUGCAGAGGGCUGAGUCUCAGUCUGUCCUGUCUUGCAAUUCCUCGGCAAGUGCAAGGACAGACGGGACUAGUUCAAACACAAAGACUACACAAACAAGCAAGCCACUGUACAGCCUCUUUGCUGAUGAUGUUGACCUAAAGAAGAUCAGGAGGAAGGAGAAGGAGAUGCAAAUGGAAAUGAGAGAGAAAAUGUCAGAUUAUCAAAUUGAAAAGCUGGUCAGAGACAAUAAACGCAGCACUUUGUUUAAAAAAAAGGUGACCAAAGGAGAGGAAAAUGAAAUAGAAGAUGACACAGAGAGUACAAGAAGUAGCCACAGGCAACCUUUGCAAGCAGAUCUUGACAGAAAUGAUACAAUCUUUGCUCUGUCCAGUCAAUCUGCAAACACAGGUGCACAAAAGUCAGAACUAGAGACUGAUAUUACAAAGUGGCUCAGUGGCCUGAAAGCAGAAAAAGAAUCAUCAUAUCAUGAUCGCAGUGAGAAGUCUAGAGAGAAAUAUAGCAGGUCAUCCAAAGUUAGAGAGAUGGAUUCUGAAACAUCCAGUUACAGAUUCUCAAGAUCCCAAAGAGAAGAGCUAGACAGCUGUUCCUCCUAUGAGUCAAAAGGAGAUUCACUGAGAACCAUGUCAAGAUUUUCCUCUGCUUCUGCAAAAGAGGACAAAAAGUUGUACACAUUCACAAGGUCAAGGGUUAGUGAGACAAGUUCUGGAGAAAGGAGCCCAGAGCUGCAUGGUUUCAGCCAAACUCCUGAACCCUCCUUUGACUCUGAAUCACCUGAACCAUCCACGCAGAGUCGAGUCAGAUCUCAUCACGUGGAGGCGUGUGAAGAGGAGGCCAGAUCAGAUGUGUCAGAAUUUGGAGCUAAGAGAAAGUUCACCCAGAGCUUUUCAAAGUCUGAAGAGGAUGGAAAGAAAGAGGCAAAAGUGGAACUAAGUGAAGAAAGAUUUGCAUCUAGACAGUUCUCUCAAUACAGGAGAAACAUGCGUAAAGAGGAGGAAGAAGAAAUGGAUGAUGAUGCUAUUAUUGCUGCUUGGAGAAGCCGACUAGAAGAAACUACUGCAAAGCUCCGGCGGAGAAAGGAAGAGUGACCAAGAAUCAGAUUAGAGGAACACAAGCAGUCCCAGAGUCCCAGAAUCACUCAUCAUUAUAUUUCUGAUAAUCCUUUGUGGUUUGUAGGGCAUUUCCUGCAGAUAGUUCUCUUCUUAAUCAAAAGCGAUAAAGGGAAGAGGUCAAGUUUUGGAAGUGUUUGUGGUUUUCAGAAAGAAGAUGCUAGUAUUAAAUGAUCAAUGUAGGUAGGAACACAAUGUUAGAAGCCAUUAGGAGCCAGACGAUGUUUCAGCAGUAAAGUCAUGGUAGCAUCUCAAUUCAAAAGACCAAUCAAAUCCCAUUUUGAUUAUUUCAAUUUCCUAGUCUUGUUACAGACGGACAUAUUUUUUUCUAGGAUUUUUUUGAUCAUAAAAAGUAGAAGCCAACAGCCUUUUCUAGGAACUUGAAGAAUGUUCCUCUCUUAAUCAGUUUUACUUUAUACCGCUGAGAAGAUAUUGCUAGGUAGGCUCCAUUUUCUACACCAGUCUUAUGAAUGUCUACAGAAAUAAGAUUGUUCUGGGGAAAACAUGUACUGUUUUCUUUAACUGAGUAACUGAAGCAAAGUGAAAUGCUAGAAAAAAGAAAAUGCCUCCUUCUUUUCAGAAGUUCAGUGCAGUAAUGAAUGUAUUCCUGUGGUACCAUUGUUCGCAUUAGAUGGAGUCAUCUUUGCUCCAGUAUGAUUGGUUCCUGCUAAUAACUUUGGGUCAACAAAGCAAAAAUGAAGUAGUACUAUCAUCUGUCUAAAACUUAUGCUCUGAUCUAGUUCAAGAUUCAGAGUUAGGGCUAGGACUAGUGUUGGGUUAUGCUGGGUUUCUGGAGUACUGGCUUCAGUUUGUUGUAUGUAUGCAGCUCAGCUGAGUCUGCUUUUAUGUCUAUAGUCAGAUUGUCACGUCUUGAUUUUCAACACGUUUGCCUUAAAAGAAGAGAGUGAUACACAAACUGACCUCAUAAUAAAAUGGUGUAUAGCUGAAGUGUUGGCUGAAGGCACUGUGCAAAGACUUACCUAAAGGCAAAAUGUAUACCUACUGAAUGUGGUACUUUGAAGGAGGUGGUAGGUUUAGUUGCCGUGUGACAGUUACGGUGCUGUUUGCAUCAUGUGAGCUACAGAACCCAUUUUUCAGAGCGAGGGAAGGGAGCACAGCCUCUAUGCAGCCUCCAUGUUAACUGAAUAGACUGCGGGAAGGGCUUUGGGUCUUCCAUGCCCUGCAGAGCCUCGUGCACAUGAGACGUGAUGGCUCUGCUGGGGCUGCCACAGCAUCACUUGUGGGGCCCAUAUCAAGACACUCUUUUUUUUGCACGUCAAAGCACCCAACUCUUUGUCACCAGUCUACUUCCUCUACCUCUCUCUUAUAAACACCUAAGCCAGUUUCUCCUCUGGAGAUAUUUGUUUGUUCUUCUGUACAGACCAUGCUUGGAAACAACAAAACCCUCCAGCGGAGCUGAAUAUAAAACAACAAUGGAGGGAUGAUGCUACAGUGUGGCAUUGCUCUCUCACGGGUAGUUUUGUCUUUUGCUUUCUCAUCAUCUCUUCUCCCCCUCACUGUGAAGCUUAGAGCUCACUAUUAGCAUUAUGCUAGCACCUCUCACUGGUUUAACUGUGUAAUAUAGACAGUAAUCUCCACAGGGCAAGGGCCUGGUCUUUAUCCUUCUCUAUGUGAUACCAUGCACAUCAGCAAUGCUAUCUAAAUAAUGGUUACUGAUAACAAAAUGCAGCUGCCAAUUUUCCUAAACUUAGAAUCAUCUAUCUCAACUAUAACUCACUGAUUGGACAUUAUCCCUGCUUCUCUAAAGAUAAAGAUGACUUUCUGACAGCCAGGACUAGGCAAAUGAUAACUGCUUAUCGUCAGGUGAAAGGAGUCUCAAAAUCAGGUGAUUGAACAAUAACAGGGCUAGAAAAAUAAGAAAUAGAACAUAUUUUACUCGUGUCAGGAUUUUUUAGAGUAAACUCAGAUUACAUUUUUGAGGUACAUAAGGAACACUGUCCUGUUAAUGUUUCAGGCAUCCAGAGGUGCUGCAAGGCUUAUAAUGCACUUCUACUACAAUAUAAUAUAUAAUACAAUAUAUCCUUUACUUCUGCAUACUUCCGUGAGGUUUUUCUUUAAAGUAGUGACAUUUCAGGCUUUGAUCCACAUUCUGAGAUUUUAUAUUGAAUUUCUGCAAUGUGCUAGGAUAGGCAUUUUCUGCUUUUCUUUAGCUCUGGUAAAGUUGUUCUGUGCAAAACAAUUUAAUGCUUAUGCAUAACUGGAGCUUGCUUUAAUUUCAAUCUAGAAAAGGUCUUAAGUAUAAGCAUGUGAUCCGUCCUCAGUCUUCUCACAACAGUAAGCAGUUACUUAAGUUUUGAUGGAUCAAAGUGAAAGCGCGCAAUACCUUCUGGCAGUGAAUUUCCUUUUUUAUCAAAGGCUGGUUCCCUCUGAAAAUCUCUCUCCUGCUUCCUAAGGCUGGCUGCUGUUCUCAACAGAAAUGUCUGUCCUCUGCAAGUACUGUAGGGGGCAUCUCUCACUGUAAAAGAUGAGCAUCAUAUGAUGUAGUAAUUGGUUUCAUUUUGCACUGCACAGCACAGCCUUUGUUUGGGUAGCAUUUUGAUUUAAACAGUAAUCCAGGUCUGCCGCACAAAUAAAUUAUUCAAGACCGAAGGGCAGAAUAUGGUUCUGUAACAAGGCUGAGCCAAACCAUCCUGAUAGCGAGCUUUGACCCUUCUGGGAAAGGGUUAAGUGGGUUCUGCUGACUCACUGAGGUAGGUGGCUUAUUAGUUCACUUGUCUAAAAGGGAGAUAAAAAUGGUUUGCCGGGGAGAAGCCAUCUAGGAUGCUGGCUGAGCAGUCAUGAGGGAGAAGCCUUAGAAACAGCUGAACUUUAUUUUCUUAUUGCUUAUAUCCUUGUUAAUAAAGCCAAACCCCCAAAGCAAUAAGGGGGUGGGGAUAAUUUUGGACUCCGUUCAGUGUAUGGCCUGUGCUUGAAAGCGAGUUGGGAAAGGCUCCAGCUCACAGGUAUAAAUUACAUGAAACAGUGACAUAAAGACCUUGCAUGGUGAAAAUAUUAAAGCAUUCAGUCAUAAGACCAAUAACCAGGAGAGACAGAAAUGAAGAGGUUGAAGGCAGGCUAGAAAGUCAGGUUUUGAGAUGAGAAUUUAGAAGGAGGUAGGGAAUCACUGCAAGAGGAGAGGUCUGCACAGACUGUUUCAGGUGACCAGAGCUGCAGAGGGAAUGGUUUUUCAGCAAUGACACUAGUCUAACGUUAAACUAAAAGAGCAGGUAAGUAUCCAAAUUUAUCUCGGAAGGAUUUUUCAGCAAAGAUGCACUGGGACUGAUAUUUUUGCUCAGCCUUGCUUUGCUGCUGUAGGCAGGAGGGUGGUUUUUUGUUGUUGUAGUGUUGUUUUUUUUUUUUAGCAUUGUAUAGUGGAAGGUGAAAGUGCAAGGAGCAUCCAUACAGUCAGUCAAGAAUAUAAACACGGGAACAUCAGAAAGGCUAUAUGGGGUCAGACCAAAGGUCCAUCUGGCUCAAUAUCCUGUGUCUGGUGGAGACCAACAGUGAAUACCUAGGGAAGAAUAUAAGAGUAGUGAUAUAAGUGAUAUUUCCCCAGGAUGAUCGCCCAGCUUCCAAUCAUUUGCAACUCAAGGACUUCCUGAGCCAGAUGUGAUAUUUUUGUAUUUAAUAGCCUUUGAUAGAUUUUCCUUCCAUGGAGGUGCCUAAUCAUUUUUGAGUUAUAACCAUUAUAGCCUUGUACCUGUUAGCCUCCAUGAUCUCUCGUGGCAAGAAGUCCUGUACUUACUAUGCACUGAAUGCUUAACCAUCUGCUUUUUUCUUUCUUUUCUGAACCUGCUGCCCACCAGCCUCCUUCAAUGCCAAGAUACUAGUCCCUUUUUAGUAUCUACAUGCUCCACAAGACUUUACCCACCUCUAUCGUUACGCCCUAUCCAACCCAUCCUUAGCUGUCUGUUUUUCAACCUAAUUAAGUUUCUCAUUCCUCAUUUGAGAGCUGGUCUAUGUCUCCGACUACCCUGACCAUUCUUCUUUGAACCCUUUCCAGUUCUACUUCAUCUUUGAGAUGAGGGACCAAGUCCUCACACAGUAUUCAUGGUGCAGGUGCAGCAGGGAUUUAUCCUGUGGCAUAAUUGCCUUCUUCAUUUUUCUCUCUGUUCCUUCCCUGUUAACCCCUAACAGCUUGCAUGGUUUUUGGCUAUUACUGAGCACCAUUUUCAUGGAACUAUUUAUUAUAUCCGAAAAAUCUUGUUGCGGGGUGGCAAUGGUCAGCUCUGAGAUCAAAUUUUGAUCUGAGGUUAAAUUUUCUUAUGUGCAAUGCCUUACUUUUAUUAACCUUGAACUUCAUCUGCCAUUUUAGUGCUCGGUCUCCCAGUCUUAUUAAGUCCUGCAUUUUUUCACACCUGGCCUCUCAUUUAUAGUAUUCUGUUUCCUUAAUGUCCUUUGAACAAUGUAGAAAGUAUAUGGGAAGCAAAGAAGUUAAGGAGGGAUACAUGAGAGAGAAACACAUUUGAUGUCGAUCCGAGUGAAGUAAAAAGUAAGAAAAUGAUGAAAGCCAGACAAAAGCCGGAGAGCUUGGACAUACAAAGUAUCAGAAAAGAGAUGUAAAGACAAUAGACAAAUUAAGGAGCAGAUUUGCAGUGGAUGGAGAAAGCAAGAUAGGUAUGGAAGCCAAAGAGGCUAAUGCAAAAUAUUCAGUUGUUCAGAAGUGUAAAAAUCUAGGGGGAAAGAUUAUGGGGCAACCUCUUUGGGAAGGAAGGAGAUGGUAGGAUCUACAGAAACUAUAAGUUUGUGGGAAAUGGGAAGAGGACUGUGAGAAAUGGUGACAGACAUUGGUGGGACUUAAAUGAAAAAAAUGACAUCUGCACUAGGUUGGGAAUUCAAGUGUGGAAGAAGCAAAUUUGCAAGGAAGUGGAAAUGUUGCCAGAAAGAAUUAUUCCUAAUGUAUCAGCUGCAUUCUGCAUGGUAGUACUGAUAGGGGUAGGGCCAUGGCCCAUUUCCCCCCCCCCUCCACUCUAGGAUUUUCAGGGCAAUUUGAUUUAUUGCAUGUGGCAUUAGUUUAGACUGGGUGAUUUUAAAAGACGUUUAGCACCAUUUUCUUUUUAUACAGCUCCUUGAGAAAUGCUUACACAUUAGCUGUAGUGGAGAGCUAGCUGAAUUAUCAGAUAAAAAGUUUUAGCUGGGCAUGGUUAUGUUGCACUGUCUGCCUUUCCUUAAAGCAUUUAGCUGGAAUAUAUUGGAUAUAUACAUUAUAACAUGAAAACAUAGUAUCCAUGACCUUCCUAAAUUUAUAGACAAUACAGCAGAGAUGCAGAAAGCAUGGGAUUAAUAUGGUUUAGGGCUUGGAAACAGAAAUCGUAUGCUCAUAUGUUCCUGCAAAAUCUCUUUGAGACCUACCUACCUAUUCUAUGGAAUUUCACUUGUCAUUUAGAAAAGUAAAAAUGUGUUAAAUUUCUGACUGUUUUAGUUGUGAAGGAACCUUCAAAAAUGUGAACAAUGUGUAACAAAUAAACAGUUCUCUAGAGAGAUGGGA